UGACAUGUUCAAACCGGAAGUCGGGAUGAGAUUUGAUACUUGCGAGGAUGCUUAUAAGUUUUACAAUAUGUACUCCUGGGUUCUUGGAUUCAGUAUCCGCUGCGGUGAUAACUACACAAACACAAAAAAAGUUCGUACCAAUCAGGAAUAUAAAUGCCAACGAGAGGGUAAAGAGAAAGCUGCUAAAUUGUCCACAACUAGAUGCGGCUGCAAAGCGAUGAUACGACUUGCAAUCUGCGAUGACUCCACUUGGUAUGUAAAAGCAUUCGUUGGUGAACACAAUCACCAGUUGGUACAAAGCUGUGGAGAAAAGAAACACCUGUCAUCUCACCGUCACAUUGACAAGCAUACAAAGGAAUGGAUACGUCACCUAAGGGAGAACAAUGUCAGUCUAAGUAGGGUGAAUUUGGUUUUGGGCAGUGUAUUUGGGUCAAUGGGAAAUGUACCCUUCAGCAAGAAGACACUCAGGACUUUUUGCUCUUCUAUUGCAUCUGAUGCCUUAAAGGACGAUGUCAAGAAAACAAUGGAGAGUUUCAGAGAAAUGAUAUCAAGUGAUCCGAGAUUUGUCUUCUCUGUCCAGCUAGAUGACAACGAAAAUUUGAAAUCUCUUAUGUGGACAAGCGGCCGGAGCAGAUCUUUAUAUCAGUAUUUUGGAGAUGCUGUUACAUUUGACACCACAUAUGAUACUAACAUAUACAAAAUGCCAUUUGGGAUGUUUGUUGGCGUGAAUAAUCACUUUCAGAGUGUAAUUUUUGCUGGAGUUUUGCUUACCAGUGAGACAAAUGCUGACUUCAAAUGGGCUUUUGAAGAAUUUAUUGCAAUGAUGGGAGGCAAAGCCCCUUCAACAAUUCUCACGGAUCAGUGCUUAGCCAUGACUAUUGCUAUCCGGGAAAACCUGAAGAAAACAACCCACAGGUGGUGCAAAUGGCAUGUUCUCCGUCGGGCUGGUGAAGCUCUCGGCCAUGUGCAUAAAGCUCAUAAAACAUUCGCAGGGGACUUCAACAAACUAGUCAACCACAUGCUAACCGUUGAGGAGUUUGAAAAUGGUUGGGAGCACAUCAUAAGUAAGUAUGGCCUAGAGGACAACCCUUUCAUGAUAAGGGCUUAUGAGGUUAGAGACAAAUGGGCUAAACCAUAUUUCAAAGAAGUGUUUUGUGCUCGUAUGACUAGCACUCAAAGGAGUGAGAGUGCUAAUCACGUUCUUAAAGUUUAUGUUCCAUGCAAGUCAUCGAUUAACAUGUUUGUGAAGCAGUAUGCAAAGCUUAUAGAUGAUCGUGAAAAGGCUGAUCAUGAAGCCGAAAAGAAUUCUUCUCAGCGAUCUACUGAAGUUCUGGUCGGGUAUCCAAUAGAGAAGCAUGCAGCGAAAAUAUACACUCCCGGCGUGUUCAAAAUGUUCAAGAUUGAGCUACGGAAGUCAGCGUCAUAUAUAUUAGAAAGAAAUAAUGGCAAUGAGGAGUUUGAUGUUAUGCACGUUGAUGCGGACAGCAGGGACUCUUGGUGCAAAGUGAGAUAUAAAAUUGAAGUGAACCACGGUGUUGGAUCUUACAAGUGUGAAUGCGGUUUAUUUGAACAUUUUGGUGUGAUUUGCUGCCAUAUCAUAAUGCUGAUGAUUAACAAAGGGAUAACCUCUAUUCCCGACUUCCAUAUUAUGAAGAGAUGGACAAAGUCUGCGAGAGACGGAUUUUUUGGAUUAAACCAUAGGGCAUCGAAUGUGGACAUGAAGGCGAUUUCUCGAACGGUGAGGCAUAAGAGGCUAUACAUGUCAAGCUUAGAUUUAGUUAGCAAUGGGCAGUAUGAUGACACCACAACUGAUAUUGCAAUGAAAGCUAUUGAAAAGGCUAAUAAAGACAUCGCUACAUACAAAUUAAAAAUCAGCACUACCUGCCAGGUUGGGUAUAAUACACGGCCUGCAACCUCAAAUGUAGAUGCUCCUGAUAUUUCCGAGAGUGCUGAUUCCUGUGAAUAUUCAUCCGAAGGAUUACAAAUCUAUGACAGAGUGAGAAAUAUUGGGAUAGAUGUUGGAUCAAUCAAAGCUCCAGAAAUAAAAAGGAAAUCAGGACGACCGUCAAAUCGAAGACUGUUUUCGCAUUUUGACAGCAACGUCCGGCGAAAAGAGAAGCCAUUAGAGGUGUCCCCUGUUGUGGAUACACCAGGUGGGCGAGCUGGAGUACAUCAAACAAGAUUCUGCAGCGCCUGCAAGUCCCCGAACCAUGAUAUUAGGACAUGCCCGACAGUUGACAGACCGAAAGGAGAUGGAACCAGCAAAAAAAGGAAGCAUAAAGGAAAAUAGUUCCAGCUUCAUAAUGUAUUGAUACUUAAUUCCUAUCUUUUAAAACAAUUGUUAUUUAUCCAUACUCUGUGAUGUAUGUAUAUGUGCCCAAACAAGUGCGGGUUUGAUAUCUGCUAGUAUUUCAUAUUUAUGAUCAUCUCUAUUAUUUCAGAA